AUGCUGUUCGACGAGAAGCAGGUGUUUGCCGCUUUCGACGAUUUGGUCGCUCGACAGAUCAUCCUCCAUGGUCCUGAAACGGUCGUCAGAACGAGGGAUCAAGGAUUCGACUUCGAGUUCCGCAUCUGUCCAGCAUUGGCCUCGAAGCCGGCGACGGCGGAUGCCACCAACAAUGCCGCAUUCGAACAACUCCCCAAGUACGGGCCUGGAAGCGACCUCGUCGACGCGGACCCGGGCGUCGUGGUGACCAAGAUCCAUGGAACGCAUCUUCUGGUUCUGAACCUCUUCGCCGUCUUCCGGCCACAGUACCUGAUCUUGACCCUCGAUUCGUUCAGGCGGCAGACGGAGAAUCUCGACAAGACGGAUCUCUCCGCCGCCUGGCGUGUUCUCCACCACUUGAGCCAUGAGCAUUUUGUCAUGUUCAACUGUGGGAGCGAGGCUGGAUGCAGCAGACUACACAAACACAUGCAGGUGAUUCCGUGUUCGGAGGGCUUGACGCUGUUUCCCGACCUGGAGACUCGGGAUCCCGAGGGCAUUCCCUUCAGAUAUUUUAUUCAACGUCUCCAGCCUGAAGCAGAGGGCACGCUGGACUCUCUGCUUCCAAUGUACGAGAGGCUACGGGACGAAGCCCUUGCGGUCUGGCAAACCUGCUCAGGCGACACUCCGGGUUACUUCCCUCACAACAUGAUGCUGACGAAAAGGUGGAUGAUGGUCGUGCCCCGGCGAAGAGUGGCGGUGCAAGGGGCGAGCGCCAAUGCUGCAGGCAUGAUGGGCAUGAUUUGGGUCACGAAUACACAACAGAUGGAGCAAUGGCAGAAGCUGGGACCAGCGAAGGUCCUCGCUGGACUGGGUGUCGCAGCAGGAAGGGAUACGUGACAACAGCCACGGCUAUGAACAUGGACUUGCUUUCGACGACGCAAAGGGUAGUCUCAUAAAUGGAUGGCAAUAUCAUCCCCAGGAGACGCAACGUUGACAAUGAUAUCUCCAAAGUGCCAUCG